AUGGUGGACUACUACGAAGCGCUGGGGGUGAGCCGCAAUGCCACUGCUGAUGACAUCAAGAAGGCGUACAGGAAGGCUGCGCUGAAAUGGCACCCAGAUAAAAACCCGGACAACAAGGAGUAUGCUGAGCAGAGGUUCAAGGAGAUCGCCGAGGCAUAUGAAGUGCUGUCAGACAAGCAGAAGCGCGAUAUCUAUGACCGUUAUGGCAAGGACGGACUCAUGGGGGCAGCAGGACCAGGAGGCUCUGGGGCCAGUGCUGGGGCCCCCGACUUCACCUUCACCUUCCGCAGCGCUCACGAUGUCUUCCGGGAGUUCUUUGGCGGGCGAGACCCCUUUGCUGACUUCUUUGAUGAGAUGCUGCCCUUCUCUGACCUGCGAGGACCUGGCCCACGGCACCACAGAGGAGGUCACUUCUUUUCCACCUUCCCAGGAUCCUCAGAUUUCUUUGCCUCGUCCUUCAGCUCCAGUGGCAACAGAGGGCUGGGCUUCUGCUCUGUCUCCACCUCCACCACCUUUGUUAAUGGCAAGCGCAUCACCACCAAGCGGAUUAUCGAGAAUGGGCGGGAGCGGGUGGAAGUGGAGGAGGAUGGGGAGCUGAAGUCGAUCCACAUCGAUGGUGAGAAGCAGCACUAG